UCGAGCGUGGAGCCCGGGGACACGAGCCGCAACUUCUGUCCGACAGGAAGAGAAAAAGUAUUAAAGCCAUUAGACCCACUUUGCAGUACAGAAAACACUGGGUCGGUGUCGCUGAGACGUGAACAAACCACGCGCGCAUUUUACUCGACAGCUGACACGAUUUACUCUCCGUUCGGCUGCUUUCGCAAACCUAUGGAUGUACCGAGCAGAUCGCUCUAUGACUGCUCUUCUUUGCCUCUCUCUUUCAUAUAAGGAUAGUGAGAAUGAGCACCGGUAUCUACCAUGGAAAAUAUUUAGUUUUCCAGAAGACGCGCACAUUCACCAGUCUUUUAGACGGUUCAGUAAUUUAAAAAGUUUGCCCUUUUAAGUACAUUUUCAUUUGUACGUCAUAUUCCAACCAAAAUCAAUCGUGAAAAAAAAAGAGCGAGAUAAGUUUUUCUCCCCGUUUUCAGCCCAGAGUCAUCAGUCCGCCUGCGUUGCUCUGCUGCACGAAGUUCGAGUCCUUCACAGCCGCGAUCUUCAUUAUAAGGCGGAUAAUACGCGAUCGAAGCCCGAUCAUCAAACGAUAGAGGUGGUUGUUGUACAUUUAAAUGCCGCAUCUGCCUUUUCGUCCGGAGACUGGCGUUGAAGGUCCGAAGAGAUGUUUAGGCGGUGCAUUGCGAAGCGGAAUCUUCCUCUUGGAAUUUGAAACUGAAUUGCUUCACUUUCGCACAGCGGCGAAGUUUAUUCCCCCUCCCGGAGCGCUGGAUUAUUAGGGGGACGCGUUUUUGCGCGCACUUACUGGAACAGAGUGGAUGCGAUGCUUGGAUAUUUAGAUUUUCACGCCAUUGGAAUUAUCAUGUUUUUUACGAACGUUUUCAGCGUCUUGCUCUUAUUAGAGGAAGUUGUGCACUCCCUGGCCCUUACCUCAGCCUUGCCGGGGGCUGGGGCCCACGGCUGGAGGGCCCCCAUGGACUGUGUGCGGGCCAGCGACAUGUGCAACCAGAGCCCCCAGUGCAGCUCGCGUUACCGCAUCAUGCGGCAGUGCCUGGUGGGCCGCGACCGCAGCACCAUGCUGGCCAACCGUGAGUGCCAGGUGGCACUGGAGGUGCUGCAGGACAGCCCGCUGUACGACUGCCGCUGCAGGAGGGGCAUGAAGAAGGAGCUGCAGUGUCUCCAGAAUUACUGGAGCAUCCACAUGGGCCUGACCGAAGGAGAGGAGUUCUACGAGACGUCACCAUACGAGCCCCUGACAUUUCGCGUCUCGGACGCCUUUCGACUGGCUUCCAUAAUCUCAGGGAUGGACUCAGCCACUGUGAAAGGCAACCCGUGUGCCGACUCGGCACGGCCCUGCAACCCCUGCCUGGACGCGGCCAAGGCCUGCAACCUGAACGACACGUGCAAGAAGAUGCGGUCGCUCUACAUUUCCGUGUGCGUCAAGGCCACGGCGGCAGCAGGGGGCGCCGGAGGCGGGCGUCCGCCCUCCACCAUCGAGCAGUGCAACCGUAAGCGUUGCCACAAGGCGCUGAGGCAGUUCCUGGACCGCGUGCCCACCGAGCACAGCUACCGCCUGCUCUUCUGCCCCUGCCGCGACCAGGCCUGUGCUGAGCGCCGCCGCCAGACCAUCGUGCCCUCCUGCUCCUACGAGGAACGGACCAAACCCAACUGCCUGGAGCUGCGGCGGAUCUGCCGCUCGGAUGCGCUCUGCAGGUCGCGGCUGGCCGAUUUUCACAUGAACUGCGAGACGACCGUGCACUCGAUCACCAGCUGCCCCAACGACAACUACCAGGCCUGCCUGGCCUCCUACACCGGCUUGAUCGGGACGGACAUGACACCAAACUACAUGGAUGCCAGCCACAGCAACUUCACCAUCUCACCGUGGUGCACGUGCCGGGGCAGUGGGAACCAGGAAGAGGAGUGCACCACCUUCCUCAGGGACUUCCGGGACAACGUCUGCCUGAAGAACGCCAUUCAGGCCUUUGAGUACGGCCCAGACCCCGGCAUGCACCCCGCGCCCCAGCCGGUGACCCCCUCAUCCAAGACGUACGUCGGCCCGAUGAGCGUCUCUACAGAGACUUCCCCGCCUGCCAGGCCCGAGACGGACUCCUGCAUCUUCUCAGAGUGUGCUAGCCUGGAGACACCUCUGGACCUCAUCACGGAAAGUUCUGGCACCUCACAGGGAGUGGGGAGUGACCGCUCCGCAGGUGACCGGGCCGCCAUCUGGUCAUGGGCACUCGGCAUGUCCUGCGUCCUGCUUGGACCGGCUCUAUAGGGCCCGUCGCGAGCCGUGACACCGAGUAACUCGACGAGCAUGCACUCAGCGUACAAACUGCCCUCCUGCGGAGACUGUCGGAUACCCAGCCGUCCUGCUCUACCUUUCGUACAGAAAACAGUGACAACACAGGGAGGGAAAUAUGUGAAAUAACUGCUCUCACAAGGGCUGGGAGGAAUAGAGAGAGAGAGCACCUGCAGACUCCAAAUCCUAAAUCCAGGACCAGAAAGAAGACGCCGCAAUGACCUGCAUAUGAAUCAGUUCAUGGCCCCCACGCCCUCACACCUCAUAAUCAAUCACAGGAGUGUCUAUUGGCUCUCACAGCCCCACAGUUCCGCUCUUUCCUUAUCUCUCUCCCACAGGGAUGCAAGCCGCACAGCCCUGAAUUCCUGCACUCCUCUCAGCUGUUCACAAGGUGUUGGGAAACCUUCAGGUGUAAACCUCUAUUUGUGUGUAAUGAUGUAGAGAAAACAAAAAAAAAAACAAACCUGCAGCUCUUGGGGACUGUACUG